AUGGAUCCAUUGUUUCUUCUACCUCUAAUCUUCAUUUUCUCCCUUUUAAUUUUGCUAAAACUAGCGAAACGCCGACCUCUUCAUCUGCCUCCGUCGCCGCCAAAGCUUCCGAUCAUCGGAAACAUCCAUCAACUCGGCAAACUCCCCCACCGCUCUUUCCGGCAACUCUCCAGAAACUACGGCUCCCUUUUGCUUCUACAAUUGGGUUCUAACCCAACGCUAGUGGUUUCAUCGGCUGAAAUGGUUAGAGAGAUCGUAAAAAACCACGACAUCGCCUUCUCCGACAAGCCAAAGACGACGGCGGUGAAAGAAAUGUUCUACGAUGCAAAAGGUCUCGGGUUUUCUCCCUACGGCGAGUUCUGGCGGCAGGUUAAGAAGAUGAGCGUUGUCGAGCUCCUCAGCAACCGGAGAGUGCAUUCGUUUCAGUUCGUAAGAGAUGAGGAAGUCGAUCACCUCGUCGACAAGAUCCGUCGUGCUUGUCAACGAGGAGAGACGGUUGUACUGAGCGACAUGCUUACGUCGGUUUCGAGUAACAUCGUGUCUCGGUGUGUUCUUAGUCACGAGAGCGAAAACGAAGACGGGUGCAGCCGGUUCGGACAUUUGGCUAAAAAUAUAAUGAAUCUGAUCAUUAACACUUUCUGUAUCGGCGAUAUAUUUCCUUACUUGUGGUGGCUCGAUGUCCUCACCGGAUAUAUUCCAAGGAUGAAAUCGUUAUCAAAAGAGCUCGAUGAGUUCCUCGAUGAAGUAAUCGAGGAGCAUCGAGCUCUUGAAAAUCAUGAACAAGUUACCAGUAAAAAAGACUUCGUCUCCAUCAUUAUGCAGCUCCAAAAGGAUGGCAUGUUGGAGAUGGACCUCACUCAGGACAACAUCAAAGCAAUCUUAAUGGAUCUGUUCGUAGCAGGAACCGAUACCACCAUAACGACAGAUGAAUGGGCAAUGACCGAACUUCUAAAGAACGAAAAUGCUAUGAAGAAGGUCCAAAUAGAGGUAAGAACCGUCGUGGGAAACAAAUCUAAGGUAGACCCAGAGGACAUCAACAAAAUGGAAUACUUAAAGUGUGUGAUCAAAGAAACUCUAAGAUUACAUCCGCCUAACAUCAUUCGAAAAUUAUCGGCACCCGUUAAAUUGGGAGGCUACGACAUCCCGUCGGGUACCAACGUCAUGGUGAACUCAUGGGCCAUUCAUCGAGACCCCGAACGGUGGGAAAGACCGGAAGAGUUCACCCCGGAGAGAUUCGAGAACAAUCCCAUCGAUUUUCAGGGUCAGGAUUUUCACUACAUCCCAUUCGGUUUCGGAAGAAGAGCAUGUCCGGGGAUGUUAUUCGGAGUUGCGUCUGUUGAGUAUGUGAUAGCGAACCUUCUUUAUUGGUUCGAUUGGAAGUUGCCUGCUGGUGAAACUGCGGAGAAUUUUGACAUGACCGAGCUCUACGGCCUUACGAUCACCAGGAAGAACCCACUUUGUGUUGUACCUGUGCCUCGUUCAUCUUUCUAGACGUCACACACUCGAUAGCGGAGUUUAAGGAAUAAUAUGUGACAAAGUG